AACCCUAUUCCCCUAACGAAAUCAGAGAGAACCACUGAAUCUCAUCAAUGGGGAGCCGGCGUUGCCUCCACGCGCUCACGCGCCGCACGGCGGCCCUCCUCUCCUCCGCUCCACCGCCCCAGAGGCUCGAACCUCUCCGUCUCUAUGGUCCCUCUAUUUUGAGAACCACAAUGCCGUCUCCCGAAACACCAAUCUCUUACCCUGAGCCCUCUCCGUGCGCUCGCUUUUGCCAUGCGCGCCUAUUCAGCUCCGGUAGCAGGGACAGCGAUUCCGAUGGCGAAGGGGAGGAAGGGAGCGAGAGCGAGGACGAUUGCCCGUCGAACGUGAUGAGAGUGUACUCUCCGGAGGAGAAGGAAGCAGAGGCUGCUGCCAUCGGAUACAAAGUCGUUGGACCGCUGCAGGAGUCGGAUCAGUUGUUCAAGCCGUACGAGCCUGUAUUUGCUGUUGUUCAGAUUGGUUCGCACCAGUUCAAGGUGAGCAAUGGCGACAGCAUCUUCACGGAGAGCCUCAAGUUCUGCAAUGUCAAUGACAAGCUGAUCUUGAACAAAGUUCUAUUACUUGGCUCGACGACUCAGACAAUAGUCGGCAGGCCCACAGUUCCAACUGCAACUGUCCAUGCAGUUGUUGAGGAGCAUGCAUUAGAUGCAAAAGUAAUUAUAUUUAAGAAAAAGAGAAGGAAGAACUACCGAAGAACUAAGGGACACCGGCAGGAACUGACCAAGUUAAGGAUAACUGACAUUCAAGGAAUCGAGAAACCUCAAACCACUGAACCUGUGAAGCCUGUGAAGGCAGCUGUCAAGAAGCCCGAGAAGGUUGCAGUCGCUGCUUGAGGAUCGCCUCCUGUUGGACAUAAUGAGGCAAUAACAAUCUCCAUCCCGUAGUCUGGUAUGAUCUGACACCAAAUGAUGAGCCUCCGUUGCCAGUACUAUGAGGGUACGAUAUCAGUGUGCACCGUCAAGCAUGUGUUGUAGGAUGGUGGUGUGAACUGUCAAGGGCCCGGUAUCGGUCUGAAAUUCUUUCUCUUCUAUCUAGUAUUUGCAAUUUUGAGCAAAUUUCGAAUAGAAACAUCUCUGAGUCUGAUGAAGCCGUAUCUGUUUAUUUCCUCGUCUACUUUUCCUUCAACCUUGUGGUGAUCAGAUACCAGGUUGCCCUUCAUAUGUAAGGAGAAAGUUUAAGUAGGUGAUUAAGACCUGCGUAGCUUCAGAAUAGAAAGUCUAUGUACAAUAAGUUAAGAGGAAUUCUUCCUUUUCGAGUGAGUAUCUUUGGGAUUGUUCGGUCUAUGGCAACUGUUUCUCUUCCAACCAACUAAUGUAUGUGACUUCGAACGGAAAUGGUUUUCUUGAUUUCA